AUGAAAAGAUUUCCGCACGUGGAGAUGCGGAUGCUUUCAACCAUCAAUCAGAUGCAGAUAAAAGCUUCACCUAUUUCGAUCCAACCAAUCACAAUCUUUUCGUACUUGCGGCUCCUACUCUGGUUGUCCGAUGCUUGUGAACAAAUCCAGGUGAUGUGCGAGGAAGCUUGUUUUGUUAAGCCCGGUCCUGGUUGGCUGCCCAGACUCAUGGUAGUAGACGGCUGUAACGUAGGAAGAAGCGCAUGUGGAGUUGGGAGAGAAGCAGUCGACUGUGCAGGUCUCAUGGCUGUGAUCAGGUGGCUGCUAAUCAGAGAUUUCGAUGUUGUUGCGUUUCUUCCUGUCGUCUACAAUAAUUCACACAAUUUCAACGCCGUUCACGUCCACCUCUUAGGAAAACUCGAAGAGUUAGGUCUAGUGACGUUCACGCCAGCCCGAACAGGCCGUGGAGAUCGAAAGGCAUUCAUCAACUACGACGAUCUUUACGUUACCACAUUGGCAGCGCGUCAUGGCGGUUGCGUCCUGAGCGGCGACAAAUUCAAAGACAUACUCGCACAGUCCGCUUAUAGUGAGUUUUACCAUGUGAUCCUCCAUCGCACCCUAGAUGUGAAAUUUCGCUUUCUCCCACACGAGAUAGUGCAUCACGACGCAGACGUUUUCUACAAAGCUCUACCAGAACUCUUCAUUUAUGAGGAUAUAUCCGUCCGGGCUCAGGUUAUUGCCGAGAAAAUAUUUGCAAGUCCGGAUGACCCGGAAUAUUCGAAGGUUCUGUUGCGUCGCGAAACAUGGAGUGAAAAGCGAAAAGAGGAGAGAAUAAGCGCAAUUGACGAUAUGUUUGCGGAACUAUGUGAGAUGCACGCAAUUCGACCGCUUGCGUUGGAAAACCUUCCAGGUUACCAUUUCCAAAUGCUCAGUGAUCCUCUCGACGAAUUCGAACAAUUUGAUGGAGUUGAAAGUAUUCUUGCAGAUCAAUACACUUUCAACCACAACAACCAAGAUCAUGGUGAUCAUCUUGGUUUGGUGGACGAAUUGUGGAUCGAUUCGCCAGCAUCCUCUACGAAUUCCAGCGAAACGUGUGACGAGCGUGCACUCCUUCAAUUCAACGAAUCCACAGCUCAUUUUGAGAGCAGCUUUCCGUCGAACUGCCCCCGAAGACAGUUGACGAACACAUUCGAAGCAAGUCAAUUAGAAAUGAACAAUCACACCUGGAAAUCCUCAGAUACUUUGGACUCUGAGUUACCAAAUCGUUAUCGAGAAAGUGUUGCAUACUCUACGCAAAACGAAAACAAGCCACUUAUGACUGCAUACAGUCAGGAAGAUGUUUUACAAGAAAUUGUGGCUCAUAUCGACACAUUGCUAACAGCUAGAGACAAAAUGUCGAAGAAAGAAACAAAUACCGAUUUACAGACUGGUGUGGCAGAGCUGGUCUCUUUCAAUCAUAUCGAAACCAAAUCAAUAGAGGAAGAUUGCUUCAGGGAAGAUUCUGUCGGAGAUAACACCUCUGAGAGAUCAUUGGAAGGAAGCACCUCGGGGUCUAGCAGUCUGCCAAUGCAUGCAUUUUUAGAAGAAGAAAUUAGCUACGACAACAAUCGCAGAAAUGAAGACAGCAAUUGUCGGGAUAUCAUCACCGACUCUGAAAUUGAGGAGAAAUUGUCUUCGAUCUUCCCAGUUGACAUCGUACAACAGGUUCUCACUGUGAAUGCCAGCAGAAAUCUCGCAUUUUUAGCUGAUCAAUGUGCUGAACUUUGUUUUUGCUCAACUGAUUACUGA